AUGUAUUUCUCAAAGAGUGUUAUUGCCGUCAUGGCUUCGCUCGUGACUCUUGGUCUCGCCGCCGACCCUUUAUCCUUCACUUCCUGGCCUAAGGAGCCCCUCGAGGCUGGCAAGCCAGUCACUCUCACAUGGAUUGGUGCCGAUGCUGAUCUGCCUGUGACCAUCCUCCUCCGCCAAGGUUCUUCGGGCGACCUGCAGGACGUGAAGCCGAUCACUACUGAUGGCAAAGGCGGUACCUUCACCUGGACGCCUGACAAUGAUGUCAAAAGCGGCAAUACCUACGCCUUCCAGAUCAGACAGAAAGACGAGACUAACUAUACCGCUCUGUUGAAGUCGGCCGGCAAGCCCCUCGCCGAUAUUCCCGAAGCUAAGGAAGUUCAAAACACAGCCUCCGAAACUGGUACUGUUGCUUCUAAUGCUGCAGCCACCGGUACUACCGCCGGUGCUACCGACACUACUGCCGCCCUCAACACCCAAACCAUUGGCGGUAUUACCCAGGCGACACAAGGAACCCAUACCACAAUGACUAGUACUGCCAGUAAGCCCCUCAUCAGCUCUUCUGCCAACCCGUCUGGCAGUCCUUCUAGCUCUGUCGCUGCUAGCUCAUCUGAGAGACUGAUGGCCACAGGCACUGAGGUUGUCAAUGGCAAGGAAGCAUCCUCCACCGGAAGCAUGCAAACUGGCGCCGCUUCUAUCCCACGGUGCUCCGUACAAUUGGCAAUGGGUAUUGCUGGUCUCCUGGCCUACAUUGUUUAG